UACAGUUUCACUUUCCUUAGUUCCUGUCGGAUGGCGAGGAGAUUCCCGCAACAGCUUCAAGGGGAAACGAGUGUUACAUUCCUGUAAUCCUCGGAUCUUUGACUCGUUUAGUCUUUGGUUGGAGUGGUAGCAGUCCCCUGGAUGCGGACUGAGCUGCAGCGACAAACAGAAAGAGGUGUUGUAAUGGAGACUGGCAUUUCACCCAGAAGUAACCUGAAAGAAGCAGAGGAACUUGCUCUCUCUCUGAGUGAAGCCCUCAGCUGUGGAGACACCGAUGAGGCGAUUGAGCUGUGCAAGAAGCUUUCUCAACUCUCUGUUCCUGUGUCAGUCAGCAUCGACAGCAGUGUCUACCCACAGGACUCCAUCAGGUUGAUGGUUGGAGUGGAAGAUGCCCAAUCAGAUAACUACAUUCCAUUGACUGUUAUGGUUUCCUCUGGCAUGACAAUUGGACAACUUAAAGAUAAGAUCAACCAGGACUUUGGGUUCCACCCAUUACUGCAGCGCUGGGUGAUUGGGAAGCGGAUAGCUAAAGACCAGGACACGUUAUAUUAUCAUGGUAUCCGCAAGAAUGGGGAUCAGGCGUUCCUGUUCAUCCUCUCUGCUCAAUCUGUUCAUCUCACACGGCAUCAAUACCAGCAGGACCAGGAGCAGCAGCGUCUAGAGGGGAUCGUGGAUUCAAUCAGGCUCCUUCCCAGAGGGCUUGGCGGAAUAAAUGAAAAUAAAGCUCCUCCUCCUGUUCCUCCUAAAAAGCCAGUUGCUAAAAAGCCUGCCAUGCUUCUGAAACCUCAGCUGGGAUGGGAGUGUGUGAUGUGCACAUACCUGAACAAGCCAACACGCCCGGGCUGUGAGAUGUGUGGAGGGGACAGGCCAGAGGAUUACAGGGUGCCGGACAUCUACAAGCCAGACGAGGAGGAAGUAGAACGGAUUGAACAGGAACAGCUGGCACUGCUGCAGUUUGAACUAGCUCAGCAGGAAGAACGCGAGCAGAACUACUUGUACUUUUUGGCAACAGAUGAUCAGAACCUUAUUGCGAACACAACGGCUGCAGAUUGCCCCGUUUGUUUUACAGCGAUGGCGCCAGGAGACGGUGUUGUACUCAGAGAAUGUCUGCACACUUUCUGCAGGGAGUGUCUAAAAGAGACAAUAGUAAACAGUCAGGACGCUGAGGUGUCCUGUCCAGACAACUGUGACAGCAAGUUACUGGACCGAGAGAUUAAAGAGCUGCUUACAGAAGAGGAGCUCCAGCGGUUUUUGGAGUUACGUUUAAACAUCGCAGAGAGCCGCUCGGAGCACAGCUUCCACUGUCAGACUCCCAACUGUCGAGGCUGGUGCAUCUAUGAGGAUGACAUCAACGAGUUCAACUGCCCACUAUGCAAUGAAACCAACUGCAUUCUCUGCCGAGCCAUCCAUAAUGGCAUGAACUGCAAAGACUAUCAGGAUGACCUGCGCAUCCGAGCUGAGAAUGACAAAGCGGCCCAGCAAACCAAGCAGAUGUUGGAUAACUUGUUGCAGAAUGGAGAGGCCAUGAAAUGCCCGCGGUGCGACAUCAUCGUUCAGAAAAAAGAUGGCUGUGACUGGAUCUGCUGUUUGAUGUGUAAGACGGAGAUCUGCUGGGUCACCAAACAAGCUCGAUGGGGACCAGAUGGCCGUGGUGACACGUCCGGUGGCUGUAGGUGUCGAGUCAACAAUCAGCCAUGUCAUCCCAAUUGCCAAAACUGCCACUGAAGCGAGCGGACUACAAAAACACAUAUUUAGCUUCAACGACAUGGACUAUCUGGAACAGUUUGGAUCAAAUCUCAGGUUUAACACUGACAGCAUUAUAGGGUUUUUUUGGCAGGGGGUGUUGACAGAGUUCAGUAUUACACCUUUUUUCCACUACAACAGAUUAUUCUGCAGACUGUCAAUGGAGGGAAAAACUGAGAACUUCUGCUUUAAUAUUUUGUUUGGAUGUGCAGUUUAAACGGGUAUAAUAAAAUGUGUACAUUUUAACAAUUUUCCUAAAAUAUAUCAAAUAUAAUUUUUUACUAAUUUAUAGUUUUACAACACAUAAGGUAUCAAUGAAGCUCCAGAACAACUGAUCAAUUAGUGAAAUUUAAGCUGGAAGGAUUUUAAAAUUCUAAUUUGUUGGGUAUCGUUCAUAAUUAUUAAUUUGUGAAUACACUGAAGAACCAUUUACAUUGUUUACAUUAAAUGCAUGUUUUUGAUGCACUUAAUUGCUUAAUCAUUAUGUAUUUAAUUAAUUCUUGAGUCUUCAUUCCUGUAAGGCUUUACGGAUUAAAUGUAUUACUACAAAAAGA